AUGACCAUCUUUGCUUCAACUCUGUCAAACUGUUGUCUGCAGUGGGGGCGCCGUUACCAGGAGGAAGAGCUUCUAGCCCUGCGGUUGGAGGUCGGUGAGGUCUCGGGAGAGGUGGAGGCGGAGAUAAAGCAGCUUCGAGACAGGGAGGAGAUCAUCCGUGCCAUCCGUGACGAGCAACGGCAGGACCGGAUAAAAAUCCAGACGUUACUCGCCCUGUCUCAGCCCAUCACGCCGGACAUCACCGUGGUAUUCCAGGCUUUGGCGCCCGACGCCUGCCCCCCGCCCUUGCCGCCGCCGUCGAGAGGUGCUCGACCCCUCGAUAGGUCGUACGUCCCUCAGAACAAUCGAAGAGCGGUAGCUUCGAAUUCGCCUUCACGCAGGAGUGUUGCGGCGGCGGCGGCGACAGCUGGGAGGAAUGCUGGGCGAGGUGAGCAGCGGCCGCGGCGACGGCGGUACUUGAACGACGGUAUCGGCAGCGACGGCUGCAGCGGUGGGGAACAAAUAAAUAUGGAGGGAGAAAGGAAUGCUGGGCGAGGUGAAGAGGAGGCGACUGGAGGGGUGAGCUACGGGUUGUAUCCGGGACGGCGAUGGACCUCGGAGCGAGUGGGGGGGAAUGGAGGCCACGCAGACAGAAGGAGGGGGGGGAGGGAGGGAGGAGUUCCUGGCAGCAGGAGGAGGAGGAGGCCGAGAAGUGGCGACGGUGGGGGCAGUCUCGGCACGAGAAAAAGCAGGGAGGCGAACAGGCUGUGUACCCGGGGAUAUCAACAGCAUCUGGAACGAAGAUUGGAACUCAACGAGCGGCACUUGCGGGAACUGGAGCGCCUCGAAGGCUCGUACCACGAAACGCUAACAAGGGACAAGCAGGAGAGAGAGAUACACGCUCGGGUUCAGAGGGACAACGCCGCCCGCGUUGUGGAAGCCCUCGAACGGAGGAACGCCGAGGUGGAGAAGCGGUUAUCUGGGGCAACCGACGACUACCUUCGUUUGAGACACAAGGCCAAAGAAGCUCACGCAGUGUCGGCGGAGGAGCAAAGGCAGUGCAGAGAGGCGCGUGAAAAGAGCCAGGCGGAAGUUAGGAGCCUUCUUGCCGCGGCGGAGGCGAAGGUGGAGGCUACCAAGGUAGAGGGGGGGCGACGGCUCGAGGACUGCACGGCUGGGCUGAGGGAGAAGCUCGGGGAGGCAGAGGAAGCGCUGCAGGGGGAGCGAUCCCACCAUGCGGCGAUCAAGCAGCGGUUCGAGGAGAGGGUGGGCCGCGCCCGAGACGGCGUCCUGGCCACGCGGCGGCGGCACCACAAGCUGGUGCGGAGGCGGGCGCAGGAGGUGGUCCACCUGAGCGACGAGAUGUCGGCGCUGCGGAGAGGGGUGACGGAGCUCGAGCGACGAAUGUUCCAGGCGUGGUGACGUCCUUGAUGGUGCACGCCAAGCACAAACCAAUGGCCGUCACAAAUGGAGGUUCAUUUGAUUGCCACAAGGGAAAGAUGCCGGAAUAAACGUGACAAGGGGAAUCGUGAGCACGUAAAUAAUCUGUUCCCCCUUUCGUGUGGCAUCUACGCAGGAAGCGGGAGUUGUCAUCGCGUACAAGCAGAGGCUAUAUGUAUGUGUCGUUAGGUUCUCAGGUGUACUGCUGUACAAUACAUACGAACGUCGUAGGAAGGAGCCCUCAUUUACGUUGGCCUAUAGUUCGUCUAUUGGGCGUGUUCUCCCUUCGUCGGCUUGGCGUCGCGAUUGUUCAAGGGAACGGGUUGGUCUCAAUCUAAUUUUGUCUUGCUCGGAGGCUACCCCCGGGUGAGUGUUUUGACAAACGGCACUAGGGAGAUUCUUUAUAGUGGAGUAUGGUUAGGGUUAGGGUUAAGCUUCCCCCAAGCCAAGAGGGGUUCCCACUGAGGCUGAACCAGGACGCCGCAGCCCAACACGAUGGUACUCCCAUGUCUCUCGUUGACGUCUGGAGAUAAAUGCGCCGCCGUUUCUUCUCUGCAUCAGGCGAGAUAGUUUGAUACAAUGAUUUGUGCCGUGCUGUUGUGCACACGUACGUCUACGUGCAUACGUCCUUUUUUCGAAUUGCGGCGGUUGGUGUGAGAUCCUGUUCAUUCCGGAGGUCGCGAUUUGUGUUGUGUUCGCCUCUUCUGUGUGUUCUGUAGAAUGUUGUUGUACGCGUCAGCCAGCCAGGUUCACAAGGGAAGAAGGCCGCACAGGAAUCCUGUUGGUGUUGUCGUGUUGUUGGCUUCACAUUAGAGCCAUUCAGAUCAUCUCUGGUUACAUCUGAU